AACAGACUCGAUUACAAGUUUCAGCGUCGGCCGCGUUUUAUUGCAGCAAAAUAUUUAAUUUUCCAAUUUGUGCAUUUUGCGUUCUUAACCAAAAACAGCGUAAAAAUGUCGAGCAAAUCCCGACGUGCUGGCACCGCCACGCCGCAGCCCGGCAGCACCUCGACCCCGCGGGCGCCAUCAGCGGGUCCGCAACAGCACCACCAGCAAGCGCCGCCAUCAAAAGCGGCCUCCAGCCCCUUGAGUCCCACCCGCCACUCUCGCGUCGCAGAGAAGGUUGAGCUGCAGAAUCUGAACGAUCGACUGGCCACCUAUAUUGACCGGGUGCGCAACUUGGAGACAGAGAACUCCCGUCUUAGCAUCGAGGUGCAGACCACCAGGGACACGGUCACCCGCGAGACGACCAAUAUAAAGAACAUUUUUGAGGCUGAGCUGCUGGAGACGCGUCGUCUUCUAGAUGAUACGGCCAGGGAUCGAGCUCGUGCCGAGAUCGAUAUCAAGCGUCUGUGGGAGGAGAACGAGGAGCUGAAGAACAGGCUGGACAAAAAAACCAAGGAGUGCAGCACUGCUGAGGGCAAUGCCCGGAUGUACGAGUCGCGUGCCAAUGAGUUAAGCAACAAAUUCAACCUGGCCAAUGCCGAUCGGAAGAAGAUCAAUGAUGAAUUGAACGAGGUGUCCAAGGAGUUGGAGCGUCUGCGCAAGCAGUUCGAGGACACACGCAAGAAUCUAGAGCAGGAGACACUGACGCGCGUUGACUUGGAGAAUACCAUUCAGAGCCUGCGUGAGGAGCUGUCAUUCAAGGAUCAAGUCCACUCACAGGAGAUCAAUGAAUCGCGCCGCAUCCGCCAGACGGAGUACAGCGAAAUUGACGGACGCCUCAGCUCCGAGUAUGAUGCUAAGUUGAAGCAGUCGCUACAGGAGUUGCGCUCCCAGUAUGAGGAGCAGAUGCGCAUUAAUCGCGACGAUAUCGAGUCGCUGUACGAGGAUAAAAUCCGUCGUCUGGAGGAGACCGCUGAACGCAAAUUAAAUUCUACGCACAAGUCCAUCGAAGAGUUGCGUUCGACUCGCGUUCGUAUUGACGGCCUAAAUGCCAAGAUUCACGAUCUUGAGCAGAUUAACGCCGCUCUCAAUGGUCGCGUACGGGAAUUAGAGCAGGAACUGGAUAACACUCGCGAGCGUCACGGACAAGAGGUGGCUCAUCUUGAGAAGGAGCUUAUUCGACUGCGCGAAGAGAUGACCCACCAACUGCAGGAAUACCAGGACCUCAUGGACAUCAAGGUCUCACUGGAUUUGGAAAUCGCUGCCUACGACAAGCUGCUGGUCGGCGAGGAGGCGCGCCUAAACAUUACCCCAGCCGCCAGCACGGCCACGGUGCAGUCCUUCAGCCAAUCGCUGCGUACCUCCACCCGUGCCACGCCCUCACGUCGCACUUCUUCUGGCGCCAUGAAGCGCAAGCGUGCUGUGGUCGAUGAAUCUGAAGAUCGCAGCAUCUCCGACUACUAUGUGUCAGCCAGUGCCAAGGGCAACGUGGAGAUCAAGGAGAUCGAUCCCGAGGGCAAGUUCGUGAAGCUGUACAAUAAGGGCAGCGAUGAGGUGGCAAUAGGAGGCUGGCAGCUGCAGCGUUUGAUCAACGAGGGCGGUCCUUCGACCACCUACAAGUUCCAUCGCUCGGUAAAAAUUGAACCGAAUGCCGUGGUGACCGUUUGGUCAGCAGAUACAAAGGCAUCGCAUGAGCCACCAUCGAGUCUGGUGAUGAAGUCGCAGAAGUGGAUCGCUGCCGACAACACCAGGACGAUUCUGUUAAACGCCGAGGGCGAAGCUGUGGCCAAUCUGGAUCGCAUUAAACGUAUUGUGUCCCAGCACACUUCCUCCUCCCGUCUGACUCGCCGUCGCAGUGUUAGUGCCGUCGAUGGCAACGAACAACUCUAUCACCAACAGGGCGAUCCUCAGACAGGCGAACGGUGCGCCAUUAUGUAAUAAUACAAAAACAACAAAUCUUCUGAACCAGACAGACAAAUAAUAACAAAGGGAAAGCAACAACAACAACAAACAAACAAACAAGAAUCCACACAAACGCAGAGGUACAGAGAUUUAUUAAUCAGUUAAGUUAUUUUUUGUGGCCGCAAGGUCAGUAAUUUAAUCAAAAAUCAUUUGUGUAGAACAGCCUAAGCAGCUUAAAAAGAAUCUUUGUCUCGUCUUCUUCAAAAUACUAUCACUUUCUAUGAAGUCUUUUAGUUUAUUUGUUCCAAUGACAAAAUAAUUUCUUCGUUCUGUGUUUUAACGUUAACCCAAUCUAUUGUAAACUUUAUUUGGUAUAAACUGUAGUUCUUGUAGUUCUUUCAUUUAUGCCACAUAGAAUUUACAUGCCACCUUCAACAUUUGUAUUUGUGCCGGCAAGAAUUUCGAAAAUAUUGCAAGAAAACAAUAUUUUCGAUGUACUUGCGCAGCCCCCUCCCUUCUCUAUAAGUAAAUAGUUCUUAAGCAAUAUCCAAGAUUAACCAACAAAAACAACGAGCAAAAAGCGAGGAAAGAAUUAUGAUACAGGCCUGAGAAUUAACUAACAGAAGCUCCCGACAACAGACAUAUUUAUUUAAGUAUUUUUUGUACAAUCAGCUUAAAAUACAAUAAACAUUAUAUUUAGAUACUACCUACGGAAAUGAGAAACAGAAGCCAGCAAUAUAUAUUUUCUAGCCAUGGCCAUAGGGUUUACGAUCCCCACCCCCCAAAACCAACCGCUUUCUCCCGGCUGAAACCGGUUCUUGAGCUUCCUGCAGUCCGGACAAACAACAAUAACAACAUAGCAUAACAACAGCAACAUGAAAAAUGUACAACAAUUAUUACAAAAAAAAAACAGCUAGUGGCUCAGUGGCUCCGUCGCUUUUUUAUGUGUGGGCGUGGUUGCGUUUUACGCCGGCCAAACAAAUUAAACGUCCACACAAACUAUUAAACAAAAACUGAUGAAAAUACCUAAACUUUAAGUACAUCUACGUUUAUGUAUGUAAUUGAUAAUUAAAAAAAAUAAAGAAACCAUGUUUAAUAAAAAAAAUCGAAAAAUUAA